CUAUCACACCUUCAGGACGCGCCCUUCCCCCACGCUCUUUCCGGGCUUCUCCCACUGCGCAGGCGCAGCAGAGAAGCAAGAUGGCGGCCCCCGUGGAUCUGGAGUUGAAGAAGGCCUUCACAGAGCUUCAAGCCAAAGUUAUUGACACUCAGCAGAAGGUGAAACUUGCAGACGUACAGAUUGAACAGCUGAACAGAACGAAAAAGCAUGCACAUCUUACAGAUACAGAGAUUAUGACUUUGGUAGAUGAGACUAACAUGUAUGAAGGUGUAGGAAGAAUGUUUAUUCUUCAGUCCAAGGAGGCAAUUCAUAAUCAGCUGUUAGAGAAACAGAAGAUAGCAGAAGAAAAAAUUAAAGAAUUGGAAGUCAAUUCUACAACAGUUAUUUCUGAGGACCCAGAUGGGGUAGGAGGUAAACUUCCAGAAGGUCUGUUUUACUCCGUGUGUCAUUGUCCUGGAUUCCUGGCAGGCAGUGGUUUCAUUAGAAAAGCAGAUUUCAUCCUGACUCAUCUGCCUCGCAGAAAAAAUCCUAUCUGGAGCGGAGUGUGAAGGAAGCUGAGGACAAUAUCCGGGAGAUGCUGAUGGCGCGAAGGGCACAGUAGGCAGCCUCUCAGGAACCUCUUCUUUCUGAUCCCUGCCAUUCCUGGCGAGGAGCCUGUGUAGAGAAACUGCUCUGCCUGAGGGACAUUUUAUCUGGAUGGUCUAGUAACCUUAUGUUUUAUGCAUGGCCUGGAGCCCCUUUCAAAUCUCAUCCUUCUAUGUUUUAUCCUGGCUCUGCCUGCUACCCUUCUCCCCUGUGGUUGAAUCAUGAACUCCAGGGAAGGGAAGAUGGGAGCCAGGACAGAUAGGGGAGUUCUUCCGGGGCCUACUGCUGGUCACGCCGGUCAGACCAAUAAAAGACAUCUGUCCCACUCUG